GAUUUUUCAGGGGCAACCUGGGGCUUCCCCUGGUCUUCGAAGAGGAAGAAUGGAAACGGACGAUAUAUUGGAGGAGCUACAAAAUGUAGAGUUACAGAUUCACGAUUUUCAAGGUCAUGUGUUCUGAUGGGGUUUUUUUUUCUUCAAAUCUCCAUCAUCGAUGAUGACGAUAUGAUGUCGAUUCCGAGGACAAGGGUUGCGGAAAUUGAUUAAUUAUUUUCCCCUGCUGAUUAAGUGUUUGACUUCAGACGUUUUGCUAUUGCUCUUUCUCGUUUAGUCUUCGAAAUACUGAUGUUGUUGCAACUGUUAUGUUUUAUGUACAUAAGAGGUCACGAAGAAAUGCAGAAUGUUUCUUCACGAAUAUUUUUUUAGGCUUGUUUGACAAGUGUAUGUAUAUAUAUAUUAGUAUUUUGAUAUUAAUAGUGUUUGAUAAUCUUGCAGAGCAGAUAAGGGUGUUGAUAGAGCAACAAGAGAAGUUGUAUGAGAGGAAAGCUGAACUGAAUGAGAUGUUGGAAGCAUGCAAAGCAUCCGGAAGCACUGUUAAAGAUGGUGUUCCAAGUGCUGCCGAGAACUGGUCGGGACAAUUUGAAUGGGACUCUUUAGCUGAUGAUGUUAGAUUUAAUAUUUUUGGCAUUUCCACAUAUCGUGCGAAUCAGAGGGAAGCCUGACCUGUCACGUGCAUGCACACACGCAACCAUCUGCAACCGUCUAAGGGAAACCUUGAAUAAUCCAGUUUGAGUUUUUGGUCGUUCCUAUUACUUUGCCUAUUUUUUAGAUAUCUUAAAGAGAAUCUCUUUUUAUGUGCAUAGUUGGAGGUACAUUGAGCGUAGACUGCCUACAAGAAUGUCAUAGUUGGGUCCUCGCCUCAAUAAUUUAGUCAUAGAAGAAACCAAUUUUUUUUCUGAUAAUAAAUGCUAUCAUGGGUGGAAGAGAUGUUCUGGUGAUUAUGGCUGCAGGUGGUGGCAAGAGCCUUUGUUAUCAACUUCCAGCUGUCCUUCGUCAUGGAGUUGCUCUUGUUGUUAGUCCUUUGCUCUCUCUAAUUCAGGAUCAGGUGAUGGGUUUGGCUGCUUUAGGGAUUCCUGCACAUAUGUUGACAUCAACUACUAAUAAGGAAAAUGAGAAGUUUAUAUAUAAGGCCCUUGAAAAAGGGGAAGCAGAGUUAAAACUAUUGUACGUGACACCAGAAAAGAUAUCGAAAAGCAAAAGAUUUAUGUCGAAGCUCGAAAAGUGUUAUAGUGCUUGCCGUCUUUCACUAAUUUCAAUUGAUGAAGCACAUUGUUGUAGCCAGUGGGGACAUGACUUUCGCCCUGAUUAUAAGAACCUUGGUAUUCUCAAAACUCAGUUUCCUACUGUUCCUGUGGUGGCUUUGACGGCAACUGCUACCCAAGAGGUCCAAAAUGAUUUGAUAGAGAUGCUACACAUUCCAAAAUGUGUCAAAUUUGUCAGUACCGUCAACAGGCCAAACCUGUUUUAUACGGUCAGAGAAAAGUCAUCUGUUAGUAAGGUGGUGGUUGAUGAAAUUGCCGAGUUCAUACGAGAGUCUUAUCCAAAUAAUGAAUCUGGAAUUGUUUAUUGUUUCUCCAGAAAGGAAUGUGAACAGAUUGCAGGUGAGUUACGUGAAAGAGGAAUUCUUGCUGAUUAUUACCAUGCAGACAUGGAUGUAAAUAAUCGUGAAAAAGUUCAUAUGCGGUGGAGCAAAAAUAAGUUGCAGGUUAUUGUUGGCACGGUUGCAUUUGGGAUGGGAAUCAACAAACCAGAUGGUCAUCCUAGAUGCUUCCCUCAUGGUGAACAAAGCUGCAAAGAUUUGAAGGAAAAAGAGAGCAAGUUUGUCAUCCAUCACAGCUUGAGUAAAUCCAUGGAGACCUAUUACCAGGAAAGUGGUCGUGCUGGAAGAGAUGGCCUCCCUUCUGAAUGCAUACUCUUUUUCCGUCCUGCUGAUGUUCCUAGGCAGAGUUCAAUGGUAUUCUAUGAGAACUCUGGUUUGCAGAAUCUCUAUGACAUAGUGCGAUAUUGUCAGUCUAAACGACAAUGUCGUCGAAGUGCUAUUUUUCACCAUUUUGCUGAGCCAUUACAAGACUGCGAUGGAAUGUGUGACAACUGUGCAUUCUCAAGUGACAUUAAGGAAGUGGAUGCAUCUGGUCAUGCAAAAAUUGUGGUUUCUUUGCUCCAAGACAUGCGAGAAAAUGAUCAAAGAUUGACAAUGUUGCAGCUGGUGGACAGAAUUAAAAAUAAGCACAAGGAAGUAGGGAAUCUAAACAUUAUUCAAUUCAAACUCAUAUGUCUUCAGAGGGAGAGUGAGAAGGAAGAUGUUAUGCUCAGUUUGUUAACUCUUCACAGUCAUCUAAGAGGAGUUCUACUUUGAAAGGUCUCAUUCAAGGAGAAACCAUCGGGCGCCUGGAUAAAUAAGACAACUAAAACUGUCAUGCAACCUGUACCAGGUCAAAAAUCUUAUUUACUUCCUAAAAAUAUUGGUGAGUUAUCUUUAUUUUGUGAUUUAUCUAAUAAUAUGGAUAAAUCCAUUGCUCUUAGAAAAUGAGUCAGGAUUUGCACUAAACAUCCUAUAUGUAAAUUUAUUUCUUAUAACUCACUAUCUCCUUCUUAUAGAGUUUUUGUCUUAUUUGUUUUUUCUGUAUUUAUUCCACAAGGUUGAAGAGAAGCUUUAAGAGAUCCCAAAUAAAAGGAAGUUAUAAUUAAAUAAAUGAAAACAAGAAUGAAACUUGAGCAUUUGUUUCACCUCCAUUGGGAAAGAAGAUAGUUGGUUGCAAAUGAGUUAUUACUGUGAAACACAAAGCAAGGCCAAUGGAAAGGUACAAAGUUAGAUUGGUGGUUAAGGGUUUGCUCAGAUAUAUGGAGUUGACUAUUAGGAUACAUUUGCACUUAUCACGAAAAUAAAUAUAAUCAGAAUAUUGUUGUCUUGUAUAGCUAACAUUGAUUGGAGCUUACAAAAUAGUUUGAUAUCAAAAAUGUUUUCCUCCAUGAAGACUUAGAGAGGUAUAUAUGGAAAUUUUCCAUAGAUUUGAAAAUGAAAGACUAUAAGAGAUGAUUUACAAAUUAAAGAAGGCCUUACAUGAGUUGAAUCAGUUUCUAAUAGUAUGAUUCGAAACGGUUAGAAGAGUUAUGAUCUGUUUUCGAUAUCAACAAAUUAAUGUUGAUCAUACCCUAUUUAUCAAAUAUUAUGAGGAUAUGGUUACACUUAUCAUUUUUUACCCAUAGCAAUGACUUGAGCGCGGUGGCCGAGUCGGAGCCCCACGAACAGGAAGGCAGUGUCGACAACAUUUACUCGAGAAAAUCACUGUGCAACGAAGAAUCAAACUGCGUAUUUUGGAUCUGCGAAUGUUGUUUUUCAAGAGGGAUUUGAUGAGACUGGUUUAAUAGAGAGUUCAUGGCUUGCGUUUCUUUGCUACAAGGCUGCAUAGUUGACGAAUAUACCUUCCAGAUAACGAACAUAAAAAUGAUCUCUAUAAACAAUUUUAGAAAUCGACGACAAUGAAGAUGAAUUUCUAAGAGUUUUUAGAUGAAUAAUAAUAAUGAUAAUAAUAACCAGUGAUCUAUUGACUAAACUGGAAAGAAACCAGUUGCAUCCAGGGUAUGAGAUGUUUAUAGAUGAUGGAGAAUGUAGAUGAUGUUAUGGUGACUGGAGAUAAUAUAAAGGAGAUAACUCAAUUGAAAGAACUUCUAAAUGAUUUAGGAAAAUUGUAGUAUUUCUUGGAAAUUAAAGUUGGCAGAUCUAAUAAAGAGAUUUUCAUUUCUCAAAGAAAAUAUAUCUUAAACUCAUUAGAAGAGACUGCUAUGAUAGAUUGUAAAUCGGCAGAAUCUUUUAUUAAAAGUAAUCACAAAUUACAUGCGAGAAAUGGUACAUCAAUUGACUUCGUGAGAUAUCAAAGAUUGGUUGGAAAACUUAUUUAUCUCUCACAUAUCAGACUUGAUAUUGGAUAUGCAGUUAAUCUAGUGAGUCAGUACAUAGCAUCACCCUCACGACCCUCAUUAACAUGCCAUUUUUCACAUAUUGCGAUAUCUAAAAUUUGUCACAGGAAAAAGUCUGCUCUUCUCCAAAAAUGGUCACCUUAAGAUAGAAGCAGUUGCAAAUGUUGAUUAGGUUGGAUCUUUAAAUGAUAGGAGAUCAACUACUGACAAUUUAAUUAUAUAAAAAAGUAAGAAACAAAAUAUAAUUGUUUGUCCUAAUGCUAAAACAGAAUAUAGAGUAAUGGCCCAAACACUAUGUGAACUAUUAUAAUUGCAAAAGUUAAUGAAAGAAUUAAAGUUGUUUAAAGAGAAGAGUUUAUCAUUGUUUUGUGACAAUAAAGCAGUCAUUAGCAUAGCUCAUGGUGUAAUUCAUCAUGGCUGAACAAAAUAUAUUGAGAUUGAUCGAUACUUCAUAAAAGAGAAAGUGUCUGAUGGCUCAUUAUACGUAUCUCAUGUGUCUUCUAGUGAAGAAGUGUCAGAUAUCUUUACUAAAGAAUUUUAUAGCAAACUUUUCUAUAACUUAGUUUAAAAGUUGGGCAUGUGUGGUUUCUUUGUACCAAGUUGAGGGGGAAUGUUGAAUAGAAUAUUUUGUUGCUCCAUUUAAUAAAAAUAUUUUUUCUCGAUAAUCAUUUUCAUAUUCUUUUUUAUAAUGAUGUAAUUAAUUAGAAUUAAUUAGAAUUCCUAC